UCUGUUCAUAGUCCGCUCUACGCACCAUUUCCUUCUCCUGGAUCUCCAGCUAAAGACGGGCAAGACGAACCUUCAGUUUGGCAUCACUACUUGCACCAAAGCUACCCGGAGAGAAAGCCUCAAACCUAGGAAGCGUUGCAGGAGGAGCCUCAGGACUAACCUUGUCAACUCUAGGUGUAGCUAAUACAGCCCGACCCUUCUGUUCUAUAUAGGAAGCACCUACAACACGUUCACCAUCAAUAGACACAUCAGCCCUAGGCUGAUUUGACAUGCUUGGGAUUUCAAGAAUCUUUAACUCCUCUAGUUUUUGCAGAAUUUAAUCUCUUAGCUCUUUUUUUACUCUAUACUUGUCUACUGAAAUGUUAAAGUGAGCUGCAAUACAUAACAUGUCAUCUUUGCGACAGGAAUACAAUUUAUCAACACUUGGACUUUCAAUACAAUUAUGUAUGUCAAAACCCAUUUUUUUAGCCAAUGUACAACACCUACAAUGACUGCUCAAUUAUUAGUUGUUUUUAGCUCAGGAAAAUAGAUAUCCCUGACAAGCCCCCCAUUUGUGUUACGUCCCCAGUAAGGUCUAGGGGACCUGGAGACAAUAACACACAACAACCAAUAAAAAUGAGGGAGUCAGUGUAAAGGUUGACAAAAGGUUUAUUCCUUGUAAACUAGAACUGAACAGAAAUACUCUGUGUGAGGAGGAGGAGGAGGAGGAGACAAAGGAGACUGUGCCAAACAAAAUAAAUAAGCAUAACAAAACCAGGCCUCUCUCUACAUCUAUCAUUUGAAACCAAAACUCAAACAAAAACCCUCACUAACUAAACUACUCAGAACUGGACAAAACAGAAUACAGGGGUGGCAACAAUCCGCUAACCUAGUGUGUCUUAACAUUAGUUAUCUACGUGAUGAGAAAUGUACAGGGUACCCCGAACUUACCUAACUCCUCCACUUCUAAACACACACACAUUCACAAAGGUCAGACAAAACAAAGAGACUGAGUUGCUAAACACUGCAGGCUCCUCCAUCAGCAACAGGCCCAGAGUGAGAGAGAGGGAGAAGACUUCCUGGGUGCCUCCUUUAUGGUCGGCCCUGGCUGCUGAUAGGCCAGCUGAGGGUGAGAGGAUCCAAUCAGCCAUCAGACUCAGGUGCACAGGCAGGUACUGAUAAGCUGCUGAUUAGCUGUGGGGAAGACAGGGAGAAGGAGAACCACACAAGUACAGCCUGCCUGGCACGUAACAGGAGUUAAAAGUGGAAGUAAGCAUACCUGAAAUGUCAAUGACAACCCCUCAUUGUACAAGUACAGUUUUUGAAAGUUGCACCAAAGAGUUUUUGUGAGUAUUAAUUUGACCAUUCAAUUAAUCAUAGAGUACAAAACAAACCAUAUAUUGAGCUUCUCCAAUAUAAAUAAUUGUCAUUGUCUCUUAGUAAAGUCAACAUAUUACUGUUUUGGACAUACAUUCUUUGGUUGUAGUUCGGGAAAUUGUUCGUCAAAAUUAGACACAAGUUAAAGUAAACCAAAAUCUUUUAACUCAAUCUGUUUCUUCUUCUGUUCUUUCUUUUCCAUUCUUCCUUGUCCAACUUCCCCUCCUUCCUCCCUGGCUCUCUCUCCAGUUCACUUUUGGAUGAUGCCCAAUGCCUUUAAACUGCCUGCACCACGUUUCCUCUCUCAGUCCUUCUUCCUGAGGAGAGUAGAAUAAAUUGCAUCCUCUUUUGUCCUCUGACAGAUAUUGCCCGUAGCUUUCCUCCUAUGGGGGACAGGUGACAACAAAUAGCUGCUUUUUUCAAAGAAAUCUACUCCCUUUCUCAGUAAUGCCUCGAAGAGAUGACACACCUGGCCCACACACACACACCUUUCUUUUACUUUGUCUGAAUUUCUUAGAGUACACCUGAGUAGCGUGUGGGUGUAAAGUAAAGCUGUGAGAGGAAGGGAAAGCCCGGUGUGCUAGUGGAGAUUGACAUUAUUUAUUGACUUUAAAUCCCCCGGAGUCAGUCGGAGAUGGAACUUAAACUGUAUGGAAGGGAUGGAUUUGAGGCCUUGGCAGUCACAUUUUCAGGGAACAAUGUACCUGGAAAAAGGAAAAAAGGGCACACAUGACAUCUGGGAAACUUCAAACUAAUGGACAAUAUAAAAACGGGAAGUAUGUUGUACUCAGAGACUGCUGAAUCAGUUGUAGGAAUGGUAGUGUCUCGGAUCAGGAAAUAUAUGUGUUUUAUUAUAACAAACCCAUUUUACUUGCCUCCACUGUGAUGCUCUCUCAACAACCAGUCAGCCAGGUGUGACUGCACCCAGAUGGUGUGCAUGAAGCUCCAUUGUCAUGCCAGGAGAGCCACAACAUCCAGAUAGCCAGCUAGCUAGUCAGUCAUCCAGAGCUUUAACAAAAGUAGAACUACCAUACCAGGUUGUUAGAAAAACAAUCACACAGAUGGGCAUUCAGCCAGUCAGCUAGUUUUCACCCAGAGAGAGACCUGUCCUGUCACACAGGGAAGCAGCAGGGAGAGGAAUUAAUAGAGAGACUCUAAUCUCUCUCGAACAUACUGUAAGGUUUAAUGCGUGUCAUAAGUCUCAACGUAGAUAGAAAUAGAGACCAUAAAACACACCAAGUUAGGUAUCAGCACCUAGAUACUCUGAUAUUUCAGUCAGGAAGGAGUGCUACAAAUAGAUUAUUUAAUGCCUGAAUUUGGAUUCAAACAGACGUCAUGUAAUCCGUUUCCAAAAAUAGGUAUAAACAAACUGAUGGCUGUUAUAGUAAGAAGAGUUCACUGAUAGUAAACUAAAGAAGGUAUUAAGGAGGUUGCAGAAAGGCAACAUUGAAUCGCUUUAUCCAGAGACGAGAAGAGAAAUGACACUAUGAAUUUGUGAACAGAAUUACUUUUAAAUUAUCUCAGUGCCAGCAGAACAUGUAUGUAUGCUUCACAUUAGAGUGUGAAUACAUUUGAAUGAACAUCCAUGGUCUGAAUGUGUAGGCAGAAUAGUGCCCUCUGCUGAUAAAUCUUUAGAAAAACUGUGACAGAACAAAGUCUAGAUUUAAUACAUCUCCCCAUUUGUGUAUCUCAAUGUUUCUAGUGUUUCGUUGAUUUGACCUAGCUUGCUGCCUGUCAGAUCUGCACAUCCGCAAUGAGUUUCAAUGUAACACAGCAACAAGUCCCAUUUAUCUCUGCACCCAUAGCUAUUCUAACGGCCUUCUCCCCCCCCUCUGUCAGGUCCAACUGGCUGAAGCCCUGCUGCGGGCGGAGGGCCUCGCUGUGGCAGGUCUGUCUGCUGUCGGCGGGCUUCAACUGUUUCCUGGUGGCCUGCGUUAUCCUGGUGGUGGUGCUGCUGACCCUGGAGCUGCUCAUUGACACCAAGCUGCUGCAGUUUAAUAAUGCAUUCCAGUUUGCCAGCAUCAUCCACUGGAUCAGUCUGGCCAUUCUCUCCGUGUUCUUCACCGAGACGGUGUUCAGGAUCGUGGUGCUGGGGAUAUGGGAUUACAUAGAGAACAAAGUAGAGGUGUUUGAUGGAGCUGUCAUCGUCCUCUCUCUGGCCCCCAUGGUGGCCUCCACAGUGGCCAACGGCCCCAGCAGCCCCUGGGAUGCUAUCGGUCUGAUCAUCACACUGCGCAUCUGGAGGGUGAAGAGGAUCAUUGAUGCCUAUGUGCUGCAAGUGAAGGUGGAGAUGGAGCUGGAGAUCCAGCAGUAUGAGAAGGCAAAGGCGGUGAGGGACGAACAGCUUGACCGUCUAACCCAGAUCUGCCAGGAACAGGCAUUUGAAAUCCGGCAGCUGAGGGCUCACCUGGCGCAGCAGGACCUGGAUCUGGUGGCAGAGCGUGAAGCGGCCAUGCAGAUCCACCACAUGUGGGGUAAACAGAGCAGCAGUUUCCAGGAGGUGGACGGCCUGGCCCCUGGGGCCUCCGAGCAUCACGGGCCAGCUAAAGCUAGAGAGCCCGGGGGGGCUGCAGAUCACCAUGGUCAAGAUGACAUGAACAACUACAUCAGCCAGUACUACAGUGAGCAAAGCAGCGACAUGGGGAUCCCAGACCCAGCGCGUGUCAUCACGACAGCAGCCAUAGAUGUGCACCUGCCCAACAACCACAGCCAGCUCCCCUCCUCUCUGGUGAGUGUGGACGCGGUGCCGUCCAGCCGCCUGCAGCGCACCGGCAGCUCUGUGAGCGAAGCCUCCACCACCACGGUGUCCCGCAGCAGCUUCAGCGCCCGGCAGAACAGCGUCAGCAGCCACACGCUGGGUUCCACCACGGACUGCAGCUCCACGGUGAGGGAGGCCUCCACCUCCACAGAUUACAGCGACCAGCGCUGCUACCCCCCACCCUACAGCAGCCCUCUGGCCCUGGGCCCUCAGCCGCGAGGGACCCCCAGCGCUGUGAUGCAGGAGCUGCUCUCCUCUCUGACCGAGAACUCCUGCCUCGCCCAGAAAGGCCUGGACCCCGUCAACCUUAAACCGCCCAGCCCCACAGGCUCCACCAAAACCAGCCCCGAGCUGGAGCACAGGCUCAACAUCUACAACAAGAGGAACCAGGAGAGCCGGGUGGGGCUGCACUCCAAGCCCCUCAUCCAUCUGCAGGGCAACGAGCAUCUUCUGGAGGAGAAGUACAGGAUGAUGGAGAAGGUAGACACUCCAGUCCACCGCCUGUCAGAGACAUAGAACUACGCCUGACGUGUGCAGCUUCACAGGACUCGAUUUGAAAACGCUCAGCUUAACUCCGGUGUUGUUGGGAGUCACUGGCAUAUAAACAGUUUGUCAAUCAUCCUCUUUGUACUGUUGGGACUGGGAGGACGAGCCUGCCAGAGCAGCACAAAAACAUGAAACACUGGAGGACGCGAGUCGUUAUCAGGCACCACUUAUCAGGAAUUGACACUCACAGAAACACGUUUUGAGUUUCAUGAAAUAUUUUACCAAAAGAAACCAGCAGCAGGGCUCAAGCCCGACAUUUUCCGACAACUGGUCCAUGCAGAAAAAAAGAAAUCUGGCUUUUGAUGUAGUUUGAUUUGCAGGAAGUGAAACCAGUGAGGAGCUUUAGUUUCUCAGAUACACUUUGCAGGAAUUGAAGGUGUUGAACACACGGACUGUGAAACACUUCCUGUAAGCUAGGAGGCAUGGAUUUAUGUGCAAGUGUAUCAGCUGUUUUGAUAGUUAGUCUAGUGUCUCCAAACUCACAAAGAACAGCCCUCUUUCAUGGGACUGAUGCAGGGUACAUUGGAUAAGUCUCAGCUUAUUUCUAAUCUGUGUCUUUCUAUAUUAGCAAUGUCAACAUUUGUAUCUAAAUUCUGGGAGUGUGGCAGAUUUGGACUGGUGGGUCAUUCAAGUGAUUCAGAGCUUUACUAUCCAGGCGCCAUGACUGGGUCAGUGUUUACUGACAUUUUUCAAACUACAGCAUGACAGGUUUCAUAUCAUUUAGGUCGAAAAUGUUUUAUGAUUCAAAUGUUUGGAAGCUGUAUACAUAUUUUAGAAUGGGUUUAUCACAGCCAAACAUUGUGAAAGACUUGAAGUGGAGCCACAAGAAAAGGUCAAAAGAAAAUUAUAGCAUGAACCUUCAAGAUUUGCCUAAAACCAACCCUGUUUAUUUUACUGUCAACAGGCCUUUUCUAUCUUGAUCGUGGGGAGAGGGCGUUGCAAAAUGAAUCCAAUAAAGACAAAAAGAGAAAAGUUA